AUGUGGAACAGUAAGAGACCCGACCCCAUCCUAAUCCCGACUAAAGGUGGUAAUUAUAAGCUGCAGUAUGCCGAACACACUUACUGGUGCAAUUGGCAAAAGACCAUACCCAACGACUACAGAGCCUUGCGGAUCUGGUACUGUUCCAAGAGGAGCGGCAAGAAAUGUAAAGUCUUCAUUAAGACCCUGCACGGGAGAUUGAUGUCGAUACAUGAGCCCAUACUAAUACCGACGAAGGGCGGAAACUACAAGCUGAUGUACGAGAAACAUACCUAUUGGUGCAACUGGCGCAAGUCGAAGCCCACCUCACAACAAAACGACUACAGAGCCCUCAAAGUUUGGUACUGCUCCAAGCGAAGCGGCAAAAAGUGCAAAGUCUACCUCAAAACUUUAUACGGAAACCUGUUAUCGAUUCAUGGCGAGCACAAUCAU